GCAAACGGGACCUCUCUCUGUGUGACAAACACAGCUCGAGCUUUCUUAAUUUUCCGGGAAACUUUUAUCUUGAUUUUCCUGAGAAAGUUGGUCCCGGCUCCGUCACAGCACCGACUCCAAGGUCAAAAUUCCGACUUCUUUUUGAAUCUUUCUUUUUGUUGUCUGCGUUUGGCCGAAAGAAAGUUACAGAGAACCGUUUCAAAUUCAUUACAUUUCUGCUUCCGUUGCUUUAAUUAGGGUUUUCGCACCCCAAUUUGGGUAUUUGCAUUGAUUCCGGCGGCGUAAAUUGUCUCUGAAGACGGUGGCCGAUUUUUGAAGUCUUCAAAAUUCGAUUGUUCAGCUUCUUUUUGGUGUUCUUUUUUCAAGGUUUGGUUUUGGGGUUCAAUGUGAAAUUAGGUUUUGGGUUGUUAUAUUUUGAGGGAGAUUUUGUGGAAUUGAAUGGUUAGAAUAUGAUUAUCAAACGGCCUCUGAAAUUCGAAAUGCCAAAUGUGAAACGUUGCAAGCUCGAAGAGCCCGAAGCUACAGCCUAUGAAUUUUCCGCGAAUCCGAAGAAGCGGAAAACGAAUGGGUACUGCUCAGUUGGCAAUGGAGAGGGCGAAGAUUUCAGCAGCGGUUCAGGUUCUUCGUACAACGAAGAGUUGUCUUGGCCCACCAAAGAGGUCCAGUCAAAUUUGGAGCGAUUGAUUAAUCAACGAGAGUUGAAUCGGAGCUCCGGGAAGUUCCGGAGGUCGUCACGAGGACGAAUUCAGAUGCUUCCUUCGAGGUUUAACGAUUCAGUCAUUGAUGUAUAUAAAAAUAGAGAAACUAAUUUUGACGAAGAAGAAGGUUAUGAAGUUUUAGUAGAAGAUGAUAUAGAGGGAAUUGAGAAAUUGGGUUUUGUAAAAAAGAGCCAGGAGGAUAUUUAUAGGCACAAGAAUUCGAAGAAGUUCCAAUAUUAUGGGAAGGAAGAACAAGAAGAAGACGACGUGGAUUGUAUAGGGUAUAACCAUUUUGAUCAUAGAAACUAUACGACUUUGAACAAAAGUGGGAAAUAUAGCGAUGGGUUUAGUUUAGGGGGCAUGGAGAAAAUUAGUAAAGCCAAUGGUGCAAAGAAGAAAGAAAUAUAUAAACCACAGGACUUUGCUUUGGGUGACAUUGUUUGGGCUAAGUGUGGGAAGAGCUACCCGGCUUGGCCAGCCGUGGUGAUCGACCCCAUAUUGCAAGCUCCAAAAUCAGUUUUGAGGUGCUGUGUUCCUGGUGCUAUAUGUGUGAUGUUCUAUGGGUUCUCAAAGAAUGGAACACAAAGGGAUUAUGGGUGGGUGAGGCAGGGAAUGGUGUUCCCCUUUCUGCAGUUCAUGGACAGAUUUCGGGGGCAGACACAGUUAUACAAGAGCAAGCCAAGUGAUUUUCAGAUGGCAAUAGAGGAGGCGUUGUUAGCAGAAAAUGGGUUUCUGGACACAAGCUUUGGGACAACAACUAAUUCAGAGGAAAAUCCCGCCCAAUUCCAAGAGGCUACUGGGUUUUAUCAAGAUCAGGAAUAUUACUCUCAGAGCCAUGAAGCAUAUCAUAAAGACACAAGGGCUUGUGAUUGUUGUGGUUUGGUUACUCCUUCUAAAGCUAUGAAAAAAAUGAAGGGCUCACGUUCUGAAACCCAACUUUUAUGUACACAUUGUGCCAAGUUAAAAAAAUCAAAACAAUAUUGUGGCAUAUGCCAGAAAAUAUGGCACCACUCAGAUGGUGGGAAUUGGGUAUGCUGUGAUGGUUGUAAUGUUUGGGUGCAUGCUGAGUGUGACAAAAUUUCCAGUAAUGUUUUCAAGGACCUGGAGCACAUUGAUUACUUUUGCCCUGAUUGCAAAGCAAAGUCGAAGUGUGGAUCAUCAGAUUUGGUAAAACGUCAGAAAAAAACCAGUUCUGCACUACACGUCCAGAAAUCGUUGAAUCCUGAGCAGAUAACUGUAGUUUGUAAUGGCAUGGAAGGAACAUAUGUUCCAAAACUUCAUAUGGUUAUUUGUAAGUGUGGUUCUUGUGGGUCAAAGAAGCAGACACCUAGUGAAUGGGAAAAGCACACAGGCUGUAGAGCAAAAAAAUGGAAGUAUAGUGUGAAAGUGAAGGCUACAAUGCUACCACUGGAAAAAUGGAUUGCAGAGUAUAAUGAACAUGGCUUUAAUCCUGCCAAUUUAGAUAAGAGGCGUCUGCUUGAUUUUUUGCAAGAGAAGUAUGAGCCAGUUAAUACAAAGUGGACAACGGAAAGAUGUGCGGUUUGUAGAUGGGUUGAAGAUUGGGAGGAUAACAAAAUUAUUAUAUGCAACAGGUGUCAGAUAGCUGUGCACCAAGAAUGCUAUGGCGCAAAAGAUGUGCAGGAUUUUACAUCGUGGGUUUGUAGGGCAUGUGAAACACCUGAUGUUAUUAGAGAGUGUUGUCUUUGUCCUGUAAGAGGAGGUGCUUUGAAGCCUACUGAUGUUGACACCUUGUGGGUUCAUGUCUCUUGCGCUUGGUUUCGCCGUGAAGUUGGUUUCUUGAAUCAUGAGAAAAUGGAACCUGCUGUUGGAAUCCUCAAAAUCCCACCAACUACUUUUUUGAAGCGUUGUGUAAUUUGUAAGCAGAUUCACGGUUCCUGCACCCAGUGUUGCAAAUGUGCUACUCAUUUUCAUACAAUGUGUGCAUCAAGAGCAGGCUACAGCAUGGAAUUGCACAGUCUAGAGAAGAAUGGGAUACAAAUCACAAGAAAGUUGAUAUAUUGUGCAGUUCACAGGACCCCAAAUCCAGAUGCUGUUGUAGUUGUGCAUACUCCUUCGGGGGUUUUUGCUGCCAGAAACUCACUUCAAAAUCAGAAGGGGUGCUUCAGGGGUGCAAGGGUGGUGCCAUCAGAAAGGACUGAGCUUCCAGAACCUUCGACCUCAGAGACUAACGAGUUUGAACCACUCUCUGCUGCAAGAUGCUGUGCUUUUAAAAGAUCAAACUAUAAGAGAGGUGAGCAGCUAGCAAUAUUCCACCGACCAAUGGGGCCAACACAUCAUUCCUUGGACACAAUAAAUAGCUUGAGUACAUUUAAAGAAGUAGAAGAUUCUAAAAUUUUUUCUUCAUUCAAGGAUCGGCUUUUCCAUUUACAGAAAACUGAAAAUCACCGGGUUUGUUUUGGGAAAUCUGGAAUACAUGGAUGGGGUCUAUUUGCGCGUAGGAAUUUUCAAGAAGGAGAAAUGGUUGUUGAGUAUCGUGGUGAGAAGGUGAGGCCUAGCAUUGCAGAUCUGAGGGAAGCACGAUACAGACGGGAAGGCAAAGAUUGCUAUCUCUUCAAGAUCAGUGAUGAAGUAGUAAUUGAUGCUACGAAUAAGGGAAAUAUAGCACGCUUAAUUAACCAUUCGUGCAUGCCCAACUGCUUUGCAAGGAUCAUGAGCGUGGGUGACGAAGACAGCCGGAUAGUUCUCAUUGCUAAGACUAACGUGCCUGUCGGUGAAGAACUAACGUACGAUUACUUGUUUGAUCCGGAUGAACAUGAUGAGCUGAAAGUCCCCUGUCUGUGUAAAGCUCCCAACUGUAGGAAAUUUAUGAAUUAGUUCACAGUUACAUUUUUUUUGCUCCCAAUUCAUCUCUGCACAGAGCUGACCCAUCUCCUAACCAAUAAGUUCACCUUUUCUUUCUCUUUUCCCUGAGCUUGUAAUUCUUUCAAGUUUCUUUACUGCUAGUCGUGUUGUAACCAUUCAGUUACAAUGUAAUACCCCAAAUAUUUGGCUGCGGCCUUUUUUUCGUGUAAAAGUUUGACAGAUUAUUAUACAAUCUUCUCAUGUCUAACUGUAAUUGUUGCCUGACAAUAUUGAUAUUUCAGUAUAUACACAACCAAAUGUUUUAUUUAUUGCUGUUAACUAAAGAAUUAAUAAUGGAGCUUUUCUUUUGGGUACUUGGUUUACCAUUUGUCCUUCAUUUAUUUAAAGAAGGAAGCUUGGUUCCGAGGAGCUCCUCCAAUGUGGUUUUGACAUUUGUCAAAUUUUAGCAAAAUUGAUUAACUUCCGACAGAAAAAAGAGGAGUAAUGCUACUUUUACUACAUUUUGUAUACCACAUUCUAUACCAGCUUAUGUGGCAGUUGAGGUGGACAGUUACAUUAAUUAGAAUUAUUUCAAUUUUUUAUUUCUUUUAACAUUUAUCAAUUGACAAAAAAGAAAAAGAAAAAAGAAAAGGAAACAAAAAAACCCUAGCGAACGUGAAACCCAAACGUGAAAAUUGGUUCUCCCCUUCUCCUCUCCGUCGUUCCCCUCCUCUUCUACAGUAAGCGUCUCCUCCCGCGUUCUUCAUCGCCUAUCCUCCUACACCAUCAAUUGGCACUCCACUGUCCCUCCUUUGGUUAUUGGUGAGUAUAUAUCUUUUUUUUUUCUUUUCUAUCAAUUCUUUUUUUGAUUGGGAUUUUCUAUUUAGAAUUACUAACUUACUCUUUUAUUUAGUUCAAUUGUUGAGAAGCACGAUAAUGGGCACUAGAAGAUCAGCCAGUGAAUCAGAGGACACUAGCCACAUCAACAACAAUAGCCCAAUUGAUCAAGGUUCUAACUAAUUCAGAACAAAAAAAAGGUUAAAAUUAUUUUAAAAGGCAUGAAAAGAAACAAUGGAGAAUGACCAUAAGUCAUCAAUGGAGGAGAACGAACAUGAAAAUAUAGCAUCCCAAUCCCAAUCAAAAAAAGAAUUGAUAGAAAAGAAAAAAAAAAGAUAUAUACUCACCAAUAACCAAAGGAGGGACAGUGGAGUGCCAAUUGAUGGUGUAGGAGGAUAGGCGAUGAAGAACGCGAGAGGAGACGCUUACUGUAGAAGAGGAGGGGAACGAUGGAGAGGAGAAGGGGAGAACCAGUUUUCACGUUUGGGUUUCACGUUCGCUAGGGUUUUUUUGUUUUGUUUUAUUUUUUAUUUUUCUUUUUUGUCAAUUGAUAAAUGUUAAAAAGAAAUAAAAAAUUAAAGUAAUUUUAAUUGAUGUGGCUGUCCACCUCAACUGUCACAUAAGGUAGUAUAGAAUGUGGUAUACAAAAUAUGAUAAGAGUAGCAUUACUCAAAAGAGAAUAUUUAAGGAAGUUACUCCUCAGUUUUAACUUUUAAGGAGCCAAAUUUUUCCAAAUCGUUAUUUAAAUGAACGAGACUCAGUUAAAUUGAGCUUAACCCCCGAGGCUAAUGGUA